AUGAAUACCAGCAAACCUGAAUACACUACAACAGUCAAAUCGACGCAGCCAUAUAAUUAUACGCCACCUAUGCCGCCUUACCCCGACGACUCCAAAGCAGUAGACUCGGAAUCUUUUAACACCAGCAGCAGUAAUCAGUCUGAAUAUUCACGCGAUGGCGGUAGACCCCUGCCUUCCGCCAUUGUUGGUAGUAGCGGCAGUAAUAGCAAUGCGUCUGGUGCUACCCCCAAAAAGCGAACACGCGCUACCCCAGAGCAACUAGCUGUGUUGGAAAAAACCUUCAUGACAAACACGUCUCCUAAUUCACGAAUGCGUAGUAACCUUGCUCAGGAGCUAGGGAUGACUGAACGAAGCAUCCAAAUCUGGUUUCAAAAUCGUCGCGCCAAAGUCAAAAAUAUGGCGAAAAGAGCAGCCAUUUUGCAAGAAGAAGCCAUGAGAGCACAGUUCAUGGCAGCAUCCGGAUACAUGCCGUUUUAUCCGCCGGCCUAUCCAUCUCGACAAGGUCAUCAUUAUCGGCCACCUGUUCUUCCUCAUCACUUUAGAAGGGCGCGUAGUAGUUCUGAUGUAAUGGGAGCUGUUCGUGAACGAGCAAGAAUGAGAGCGCAUUCAGUUGGUGGAGGAUUGCUGAAUCAAAUGCAAAACGAUAUGAUGCCGCCACCUACGGCCACUCCAUGGUCUUCGCAUUUUAGCCCAUAUCAUCAGCAGCAGCCACAUUAUCAACCGCCGCCACAGCCUUCUGGCCCCGAGAUCGACAUUGCUGAUAGGCACGUCAUGUUAGAUUCAGGCAUGUCACUGGAUUUCUUCCCCGCCAGUACCUUGACGAUCGGCACGUGGAAGAGGAUGAGAAUUCAAUCUGCCGAUCUACUGUGCCAUUAUUCGCUGCCAUUGCGUCGUAUGAUAUGGCAUAUUCAGGAACAACAGCGCUUUAAAAUUGAAUUUCCCUUUGAUGUAAUUGAUCGCAUUGUGCUUGUACAGGAUGGUGAGCUGGGUCGCAUGGACAUUCAAAUUCGGGAUCCCAUGAACGCUGUGGAAUUCUAUAUGGAAACUGGUACUCUUGCUGAUGGUUCUAUUCAAUGGACACAAUGUCGAGAUUUCACUGAAGGAAGAGAAGCUAGCCAGCAGCUGAUACACAGCAUAGAAGGCCAUGCUAUGGAACUGUCAAAACAACUCACGCGCCUGGCGUCUGUAGAAUUGAAUCUCGGGCCCAGAAUGAUUAUUGACAGUAUUAUUCCUGUCAUGGACGAUCCUGCUCGAGAUAUGUUUUUGACCCCUGGCCCAUCCUCUUCCAUGGAGCCCGAAGGUUAUGUUGAUACCACAUCCACUCUGUCACCGUCUACUACGCCUACGCCUACACUAGUCGGCCCUUACUCUCAUGAUAUGGCUUAUACAAUCGAUAAAUCUCACCCCUCCAACCUUCCUACUACAUGGGACUACUCAAAUACCUCGGUUGUUCAAGACGCUCAUAUGCCUUUCACUUAUGGGCCACACUAUACAUGA